ACCAGAAAUAUUCGAUUCAAGAUUUAACUUAUCACGCCUAGAAACAUGCAGCUGACACAAACACUGCUUUUGACUAUUUUAGCUGCAAGUGGAAUCGUGUGCCAUAAACACCAAAAAACCAAAAAAUUUGAAACGGAAUAUGAGUGGACUUAUAUUAAUUUCACCUGGAAAAGUGAAACCGAUUACCAAAAUGCUAUCAAUACCAAAACAUACAUCCCAGAAAACAACGCAAUAUCAGGAUUUAAAUUCUACAAAGACAGUUUCUAUUUCGCCUUGCCUAGAAUAUGUAGUGGCACACCAGUAACUCUGGCAUAUUUCUCCACCAAGAACACUACUCCGAAAACAGGACCCCUACUCAUCCCCUUUCCGGAUUGGAAAACCAACGACGUCAACAACCCCAGCUGCGAUAAACUGGUAAACGUCCAAAGUCUAGAAAUCGACGCUAAUGGCGUUAUGUGGGUGCUAGACGCGACCAGACAAACACCCUCAAAGUGUCCCCCAAAACUUGUCUUGUAUGACCUCAACAACAAAGGUAAAACUGUUCACACCUACAUUUUCCCCGACGAUGUCUGCUUGCACAAUGGUGGUUUCUUAAACGAUAUAGUCAUAGAUGACUCGGAUGGCACGUUUGCGUACAUCCCUGACACCAGUUUCAUUGAUCCAGGCUUAGUGGUGUAUUCUAAAACCAAAAAUCGUGCCUGGAAACUUCGAGACGCCUCGAUGUUUCCCGAAAUAAAGGCUGCUGGGUUUGUUGUGAAUGGUGACGUUAUUAACCCAUUGUAUCCCAUCGAUGGUAUAGCUUUGUCACCGAAAGUUUCUUCUGGAUCACGACGUGUCUACUAUAGUGCUCUAACUGGCGUGAGACUCUACUCUAUUAAUACAAAACUUCUAAAAAAUGAGACGGUGUUUUCUGGCGAUGCCUGGAGGAGGAAUGUUAAGUAUGUUGGGGCAAAACGAGCUCAAAGUGAUGGUAUGGUCAUGGAUAAUGCGGGUGUUUUGUAUUAUGGAUUGCUUCCGCUCGAUGCUAUUGAAAAAUGGAAUACAAAUGAACGUUUGAAAAAAGCUGAGGUUGUUUAUCAAAAUUAUAAAACUAUGAUUUGGCCUGAUAGCUUCUGUUUUGACAAUAGAGGAAACGUCUACGUUCUUGCCGACGAAAUUUAUAAGCUUAUUUUGACUAAAUGUGUUUUUAAUUCCUCUCAAAAUUAUGUUAAGUAUAGGAUUUUCAAAAGUUUUACAGGCACUCAGAGUUAUUUGUACACGGCUAAAUAA